AUGAUCUCCUUACAUUCAAAAAACGAAAACCCAAAAAGGCGCAUUUGCGUUUUAUCUAGCGGUGGUGAUGCACCAGGAAUGAACGCUGCUGUGAGAGCAGUCGUUAAGAUGGGUCUCUACAGAGGCUGUGAAGUUUACAUUGUUCGUGAAGGUUGGGCUGGUUUGGUAGCUGGCAAUACAACCAAUGCACCAACAGAAGUCCGUCAAUCCAGGAGGGCUGGUACCUACAAAGGAAAGAGAGAUACCGAGGGUGAAAACUUUGCCGCAACAUACGGUGAAGGUGAACUACUCCAAGAGGGUGCAGGUGAAGGUUUAAAGGGUCGUCACAUUUUGAAAGUUGGCUGGGAUGAUGUGCGCGGAUGGAUGGAUAUCGGUGGUACACUCAUAGGUACAGCAAGAUGCGCGGAAUUCCGUGAAAGAGAAGGUCGUGCAACAGCGGCCUACAACCUCGUCUCACUUGGUAUCGACGCUUUAGUCGUCAUCGGUGGUGAUGGUUCUCUCACCGGUGCGGAUAGAUUACGCGGUGAAUGGCCAUCCUUACUUGACGACUUGGAGAAGUCUAAGAGAAUAGACUCUGAACAACGCAAGAGACACGCUCACCUCACAAUUACAGGUGUCGUCGGUUCAAUUGAUAACGAUAUGGCAAUGACUGACAUCACCAUUGGUGCGCCAACUGCAUUGCACAGAAUCUCAGAAGCUGUCGACUCUAUCGGCUCAACAGCUUCAUCACACUCCAGAGCCUUCGUUGUUGAGGUUAUGGGUCGUCACUGUGGUUGGUUAGCUGUCAUGGCCGGUUUAGCAUGUGGUGCUGACUACAUUUUCAUUCCUGAACGCCCACCAACUACAGAAGAUUGGGAAUCAGAAAUGUGCAACCUCCUCAAAUCGCACCGUGAUCAUGGUAAGAGAAAGACGAUUGUUAUCAUCGCAGAAGGUGCUCUCGACCGUCAACUCAAGCCAAUUAAGCCUGCUUAUGUUGCUGAAAUUCUCACUAAGCGUUUACAACUCGAUACUAGAGUUACCACUCUUGGUCACGUUCAACGUGGUGGUAAGCCAUGCGCUUAUGAUAGACUCUUGGCAACACUUCAAGGUGUUGAAGCAGUCGAAUCCGUACUCGAUUCUACACCAUCAACUCCUAGCUAUAUGAUUGGAUUGAAGGAGAACAAGGUCUCUAGAACUAGUUUAAUGGAAGCUGUUAAAGCUACUGCAAGUGUCGGUGACGCAAUCGAAAAGAAGGACUUUAAGACAGCACUUGGAUUGAGAGAUCCAGAAUUCCAAGAAAACCUUGAGGCAUUCGACUAUUCAACUAUCAUCGAACCAAAGAAAGAUAUGUCUAGAAGUCAAAACCUUAGAAUUGGUAUUAUCCACGUUGGUGCUCCAGCAGGUGGUAUGAAUGCAGCAACUAGAGAAGCUGCAAGAUUCUGUUUAGCAAGAGGACACACGCCAUUAGCGAUCUACAACGGAUUUGAAGGUCUCUGGGCAGAAGGUGGAAAUAGUGUACAACCAUUAUCUUGGUUACAAGUAGACAACUGGUCAUCAAGAGGUGGAUCAGAGCUUGGUACCAACAGAUCACUCCCAGCUGAUGACUUUGAAAAGACUUCAGAAGCUCUUCAGACCCAUAACAUUGAUGCACUUUUACUCAUUGGUGGUUAUGAAGCAUACACCGCAAUUUCAUCAUUGAAGAAAGCCAGAACCCAUUACGCAGCUUUCCAAAUUGCAAUGGCAGUUAUCCCAGCAACAUUAUCAAACAAUGUGCCACUCACGGAAUUCUCAGUUGGAUCUGAUACAGCAUUGAAUGCAUUAGUUGAUGCAUGUGAUGCAAUCAAGCAAUCAGCUGCUGCUUCACGUAACAGAGUUUUCGUAAUUGAAACUCAAGGUGGUAAAUGUGGAUACUUGGCAACAGUCGGUGCAUUGGCAACUGGUGCAAACAUUGUAUACACACCAGAAAUCGGCAUGGAUCUUGAAUUAGUUCAAAAGGAUGUAGAAUUCCUUAAGCGUCGUUUCGCCCUUGACAUUAAAGGAAAAUCUGACGGUAGAUUUAUUAUUAGAAAUGAGAAAUCUUCACAAGUGUAUACAACUGAGUUCCUCACGAAUAUGCUUAAAGAGGAGGGCAAAGAUCUGUUCGAUUCAAGAGCGGCCAAUUUAGGUCACACACUCCAAGGUGGUACACCAUCACCAAUCGACAGGGCAAGAGCAUGCAGAUUAGCGAUCAGAUGCAUUAAAUUCCUCGAAGAGCAUUCGACGAGCCGUCAAGCAGGUGCAAAGGAUGAUUCUGCAGCUGUUAUUGUAAUUGAAAACGGUCAAGUGAGACUAGCACCAAUUGCGGAUGUCGCCAAGAACGCCGAUGAUAAGAACAGACGUGGGUUACACCCAUGGUGGCUAGACCUCAGACACCUCGUUGAGAUCUUAUCUGGUAGGAGAACCUUAGCAGAGGGUCGUCACCACGAGGACACGAUCGGAGCAACAUCAUAAAACGACAAGAUAAUAACAAAUUUCGAAUUAUGCCAUUAUUCAU